AUGAUGGCGUGCCACGCCCCGAAUCCGACGGCUCUCUGUCCGCGGCUUCGCGAGUGGGCGGAGAAGCGGCACCUCGCCGUCGCCAUACCGUCUCCGCCGGACUGCAUCUCCGAUUUCCCCGAAGAGCACCGCUCCUCGCCAUCGCUGCACGAGCACCGCCGCCUGCUGCUCGGCUCCCGCUGCGGCACUCCGCGUUUCCUCUUCCACCACGCUUCCGCCGCGUCCGCAUCUUCCGCCGCUUCCGCCAGUUCUGCCCCGCCCCCGUCCGCCGUCCGUUCCGCCACGUGCCAACCCGAGACCUCAGCGCCAACCUAUCACAUUCCAGCAGUCGACCGGUCGUAUACGUCUCCCUCCGAAGUUUGCUCGCGCAGCGGGGAAAAUCUUUCCCCAAGCAGCAGCCCCGCUCCGCGCGAAACGACGGCGCGCUCGCAACCCUGCCUCGACGACGCGGCGCCAUCUCCCUCCGUGAAGUUUCCCAGAAGCUGCUCCGAUUCCGGCACAGGCCGUUUAAUGAAGCUCGCGCGAUGCGAUCUUCUCGGCUCGCGCUGCGGCACGCCGAGGCGCGCUGCCGGCGCGGAUCCGCGGGCUUUUCAUCGCCGCGCGCGCAGCGUGACAUGGGACCUCCCGCGAGACGAAAUUCCCUUCUCGCACUCCAACCCCGUCCCCUCUCGUGGGUGUCUCCGCCUGCUGCGCGCGGACCUGCUGGGGUCGAAAUGCGGAACGCCCAAGUCCCGCGCGCCUGUGGAGCCAGAAGCCAUGUGGAGCGUGUAA